GCGAUAUAGUGAGGUGUCGCCCCGUUGCUACAGCCCGGACUCCCGCUGGGCUGGUGUGACCGUGUAGCAGCGUCAUUCCUGCCCCCUUGUAUACUACAUGUUCUAAAUCUAUACACGACGACGCAAGUAUUCAGCGCCCGGGACAAAUAUGGCCGCCAGACCACUGGGCGUGUGAGUGACGCCACACAUAGAGGUGACGGAGGGGGCGGGCCCAGGGGCUGGCGGCGGCUGAGGACGCGGCUUGCAGCAGCAGUAGUAACAUCGCCCUCCCAUCGGCUGUACCCAGGCUUCACUGCGGCGCGGAGGAGGGCAUUUUGUGGUGAGGGAGAGAAAGCGGGGGGAGCAGGAAGAAGAGAACACAAGAUGGCGGCCUAAGGCAGGAACGGAGGGCUGCGGCAGAGACACAGGGAGGGAAGAGCACACAGCUGCCGGCGCGGAAGGGUCCGGGAGGCUCGGCAGGGCCACACACAGCUUGGGCGCAGGGACAACGAGGCUGAGGGGAGCGGCGGCGAGGAUUCCCGCUCAUCUCUACGCCGAACAAAGAGUCCGGAGACCGAGCCCCCCGGUACCCUGGAAUAUCCCCGCCCUCACCCCGGGGCCCCGCUCGCAUCCUGCACGGCCUGCUCCUAGCUUCCCGGACUCGCCCUAGCCCUACUGCCGCGGAUCAUGGCGAGCAGCAGCGGCUCCAAGGCCGAGUUUAUAGUCGGCGGGAAGUACAAGCUGGUGCGGAAGAUCGGCUCCGGCUCGUUCGGGGACAUCUACCUGGCGAUCAACAUCACCAAUGGCGAGGAGGUUGCUGUAAAGCUGGAGUCACAGAAAGCCCGUCAUCCCCAGUUGUUGUAUGAAAGCAAACUUUAUAAAAUAUUGCAAGGCGGAGUUGGCAUCCCACACAUCCGGUGGUAUGGACAAGAAAAAGAUUACAAUGUUCUAGUCAUGGACCUUCUGGGACCAAGUCUCGAGGAUUUGUUCAAUUUUUGUUCACGCAGGUUCACAAUGAAAACUGUACUCAUGUUAGCAGACCAGAUGAUCAGUAGAAUUGAAUAUGUCCACACAAAGAAUUUUAUACACAGAGACAUCAAACCAGACAACUUCCUAAUGGGCAUUGGACGUCACUGUAAUAAGUGUUUCGAAUCUCCAGUGGGGAAGAGGAAAAGAAGCAUGACUGUUAGUACUUCUCAGGACCCAUCUUUCUCAGGAUUAAACCAGUUAUUCCUUAUAGACUUUGGUUUGGCCAAAAAGUACAGAGACAACAGAACAAGGCAGCACAUACCUUACAGAGAAGACAAAAACCUGACUGGCACGGCACGCUACGCCAGUAUCAACGCCCACUUAGGAAUUGAGCAAAGUCGCCGUGAUGAUAUGGAGUCUCUAGGAUAUGUGCUAAUGUAUUUCAACAGAACCAGCCUUCCUUGGCAGGGACUGAAGGUUCCGCAGGCUGCAACUAAGAAACAAAAGUACGAAAAGAUCAGUGAAAAGAAGAUGUCCACUCCUGUUGAGGUUUUGUGUAAGGGAUUUCCAGCAGAAUUUGCUAUGUAUCUUAAUUACUGUCGGGGAUUGCGAUUUGAGGAGGCACCAGACUACAUGUAUCUGAGACAGCUCUUCCGAAUUCUGUUCAGAACCUUGAAUCACCAAUAUGACUACACAUUUGACUGGACGAUGCUGAAGCAGAAGGCAGCUCAGCAAGCAGCCUCCUCCAGUGGGCAGGGUCAGCAAGCCCAAACCCCCACAGGCAAGCAAACUGACAAAUCCAAGAGUAACAUGAAAGGAUUUUGAUUGCUGAAGGAGAAGACUUCGCAGACCUGGCACGAGCUGGACCCGUCACUUCCUUAAAGCCUAGAGAUUUUUAGUUCAUAUGUACACUUGCCAGUUGUUGUGGGAGACCAUUUACUUGGUGUAAAAGGAACUUAAUUUCAGUCUAAACUGGCUACCUGCGGCGUCCGAUGUGCUGACUUGUAGCUGCUGUUAAUAAUUGUGAAUAUCACUAAGAUUAGUGAAACAUGGUGUCCAGUUUUUUUUUAAUUGCAAUUCCUUCCCUCCACCUACCCCUCUGAAAGCAUGGGGAAGGGUGGUUCAGUUACCUGACUUCUGACAGUGGUGGAAGAAAUUGUGCAUAUGCCAAUUUUGUUUUUGUUUUUUUUCUUUCCUUUUCCUCUCUCCCCUUAUGGUUAGCAUGUUGAACCUUUUAUACUGCUCGUGACGACCUUCAGAAGAACAACAUGAAAUGGUUUCAUAGAGACAGUUGUGACAACAUUGGUCUAAGUGAACGAGCUCUCCAUUGUUCCUGUUUACUUCACUUAUCACUUCUAUGUUUUUUAAGUUGUACACUUAAAACAUUCUUAGCUGUUGCAUAGUAUGGGCCACCUGCUGUGCAUGGGUAACUAGACAUUUGUUACUUUUCAGUCUUGUCACCGCGUUAGGGUUAUAAUGGUGACUGCAUUGGUCCAGGUUAUUAGGACCCACUGGCCUAGCAGCUUCUCUUUGUAGAGAAAACGUUCUGGAUAUUGUUAAUACAAUAGUCUGCCAAUUCUAGAGAAUCUGAAACCAGUAAAUGUCCCUAAUUUAACCAAAGAUUACAAUUUUAAGCAUCAUAAAACUGAGCUUUUGUGGUUUUUAAAAAAGGACAAGUUCUACAGUGCAGACCUAAAUAAGAUGACAACGUAGCAAUUCUAGUCUUUAGGAAAUGAAAAAUAAUUUGUACAAAGAGAAGCAUUUUUUUUGUCACAAUUUAGCUAACAUCUUUAAAAGCUUGUUUAAGUGGCUUAGGAAAUGUAAUCACUGUAAACAAGAUCUGGGAUAUGUUUUUAUUUUGAAAAUUUUUUGUUUGUUUAAAAGUUCAUUAAAAAUUAGAAAAAUCUAUCCCGUUUCUGUAACUAGAUUAGAUUUUUUUUUCCUUAGCUACAUAUUGAUUACCUUAAAUCUGUUAAUACUUUGUUCUUAAAUUUUUUAAUUUGUUGGGUUCACGUUUUUUUUUUUUUUUUCCUCUGUCCAGGUAAAUGCAUUCUCACUGAAUAUGUGCUGGGGUCUAAAUAACUUGGUGCCCCCUGUGGUGAAAGUAUAGUAAGAAUGGCGUUGGACACUAUUAAAUAGAGGUUCCUAGCUAUGGUAGAGGGCUAAUGACAGAGGAGCUGCUGCAAAUGGAUGUAGCAUGCAUUCUUGCUUGCCAUCGGUGGGCAAAGUUGCCAAAAUUUAAGUAUUUCAUGCAUCAGUUUCAGUGUUUGGUUGUAAUACAACAGUUGCAUGAUAUAUAGUGCAGCCUGCAUUUGGUGACAAGAACUUACUAGGCUUGAUUUGUUUUCCCACUACACUCCCAUCACUUUAGCUUUGCCCAAGGAAAAAGUUUUAACAUGAAUACAUAUAACGUCAGGUUUAAGAAGCGGAGUUAUGGUUUGGUUCCCUAUCAAGCUGCGAAAUGUAAGGUUACAUGAGCUUACACUUGGUCCUAGGUACAGAUGGGCUUACUACUAUGGAAUGUAAGUGCUCUGUACUGUUUUAGUUCAGGUUUUAAGUUUAAACUUGUAUGGGUUUCUUUAUUACUAUGGAGAUUGUCCUGAUCUUUGCCAUGAUAGCGUGGCUCACACACAUGACACACUGGAGUGUUUGAGUUGGGAACCGCACCUUUUGCAUGCAUGCAGCUACUUCUCAAACCUGAUUUGCAAUAAUUGCCUAACACUUAUACCGAUUUAAGGUGACCCAGAUACAUGGAAUAUGCUCGGAAAGCAGUCCUCUGGUACUGCCCUUCUCUUGUUCCUGUGUCCAACUCAAAAUAAAGAUAAACAUGCUGGUAAUUA